CACUUCCCACACAUUAUUCACACACACCACCAAACUCCAAACCCAAUCUCAUUGUUCCAAAACUCCAAUCAAGUGAUCUCAUCCAAAAUGGGGGACUUGAAAUUUUCCUUCAAGACCCAAGAUCAUGUCCACCAAAGAGCAAAACACAACAAAAAGAGGCUAACUGAAGACCAAGUUGCUAUUCUUGAGAAGUGCUUUGCCUCCAACAUGAAGCUUGAGCCUGAGCAAAAGUUCCACCUUGCAAACCAACUUGGUGUGCCUCCAAGGCAAGUUGCCAUUUGGUACCAAAACAAAAGGGCUCGUUGGAAGACUCAGAACCUUGAGGUGGACCAUGGCGUGCUUCAGGCCAAGCUAGAGAAUGUGAUGGCUGAGAAGAAGCAACUAGAGAGAGAUGUGGAACGGCUCAAGGUAGAGCUGAAGAAAGCUCAAGAGAUGCUGCUAAUUGGCAAUGCCAAAGGUGGAGACUGUAGUUUGGUCUGUAAGAAUCGAACUCAUUACCAAGAAGAUUUACAACAACUCACACACUUUAUUCAAUCAUCUGAGUUAGACCCUUUUGAUGGUGCAGACCAUAGUAAUACUAAUAACAAUGGUUCUUGUGAGUUUUCAACUUCUUUUGAAGAGGGUGGGAGCUCAGGGGUGCUUGAUGAUGGCACUCACCAUCAUCAUGAGUGCUGGCAAAGUGGUGAGGUUAUGCAGGCUGAGGAGCUUUAUGCUUAUUUCAUGGGUGCAAAUUUUGGGUCAGGCUUGUUGCAUGAGAAAAGGGCAUAGAAUAUUAUAGUUA